AUGUAUCACGCGCACCACGAGCACGACGUCUUGACUGGAGCCGACCCGAUGGUCUUACAGCAGCACCAUCACCAUCACCAGGACCAUCACGGAACCACGUUUAUGCCGGUCAUGAACGAUCAACAGCAGCAGCAGCAGCAGCAGCAGCAACAACAUAACGUUCAACACCAGCAUCACCAUCACCUGCAGCAGCAGGACCAACAGCAUCACGAAGAUCACAUAAUUCUACAACAACAACAACAACAACAACAACAACACCACCACCACAUUGAACCCACCGAUUCCGCCGGCGCCCUGGUCCCCUUCGGCCCCCAGGAAUCUGUAGUCGGCGCCGGUGGUGGAACUCAAACGGUCGGAGCUUACGAGACCAGCUGCUGGCAAAUACUGCCACCGGACUACCCGUACGACGACGACCUGCAGAGAUACGACAGACUUUUGGACAGUAUAAAAAUGCCGAGCAGUCAAACGCGACCGUCUGGUUUCCACAUAUGUGACAUACUGGACUUGAACGACGGAAAAGUCAACUCCACCGACAACGCGAACACGACUCUGAGUUCCCAUAUCAACGCUCCCGACGUGCACAAUGUGAGCACGGGCUUCACGUUUCCCAGCGUCCUGCAAUCUUCCGCAGACCUGUUACACCACUGGCCCACGUCGCUCACCGAACUCAGAGGGUUCGGAUUGAGCCAUCACGGGGCUCAGCAAGCCAGUCCGGACAGCACGUCUCCAGGAGUGACGGACCUGACGGACACGUCGAGCACGCCUAGCGCACUGGCGGCUGACACUUCGAACGCGAACGCGAACGGCGGCGUAGUCGGCGGGCCAGGUCCCGGGGCUGGCGCCGGCGCCAAGGACGAACCGUCUGAGGCGGACGGCGAAGAGAUGGACGACGAUUUCGACGACGAGUCGGGAGCGGCGGGCGGCGAACACGACCGGUCCGGUUCGUCCGGGGCCGGCGGUCACCCAUCCGACGUUAACGGAGCCGGCGGCGGCGGGGCCGGGGCUGUGCACAAGAAACGUAAGCGCCGCGUCCUGUUCAGCAAGGCACAGACGUACGAGCUGGAGCGCAGGUUCCGGCAACAAAGGUACCUGUCGGCUCCCGAACGUGAACACUUGGCUUCAAUCAUCCGGCUGACUCCCACGCAGGUGAAAAUCUGGUUCCAGAACCACAGGUACAAGACGAAACGGGCGCAACAGGAGAAGGGCAUGCACGUGGAACAUCACGCGGCGGCCGCGGCCAACGCUCUGUCUUCGCCGAGGCGGGUCGCCGUGCCCGUGCUGGUCCGGGACGGCAAGCCGUGCACCAACCAGCAGCCUGGCGCCGGCGGCAAGGCCGAACAGAUGGUGCUACCGUCGUACUCGCAUCCGCUGAUGCACGGCCAGACGCCCAGAACGUGGUGGUAG